GCCUCGACCAUAAUUUUGACACAGUUGGUUUUCCAUACGAGCAGAGACCCUCCAAGCAAGGGGUGGAACAAGCGGUGUUUUAACUAAAUUUUUAGAACCAGGAAGUGACACAGAUUAAAAUACUCGACCUACACUGGAAAUUGAACUUCACAACAUGGAAGACAAACAAAUACAAACAGAAACAGAAAGCAGGGGAAUAGCGGAAAGCCUACUGAUUUUAGACAUUCAGAAUCAAAUGACACGCCUGACACGGUUUAUGUACGAAUCCGCUCAGGAACACAGACAAAAUUAUGCAGCUAUCAACGCCCAGCUUCAUCUCAUCAAUGAGAGACUGAGAUCUCCUGAUUCAAGUAUUGGCAAUAGCGGAAGUGUCUCAAACUUAAAGAUUAAAAGAGAAUUGUUGCGGUGUAUUAGCAGGGAGAAAUCCAAAGUUCGGGAUCAAAAUGGUGACUUAGAUGUAAACGAAACUCUCCACAGAGAUUGUCUGACGGAAAAGCUAGAAGACAUGGUGAAAGAUAUGGACCUGAACAACACAAGCCUUAUGGACGAACUUCUUGAUAACGAAUGUCUAACACAAGAUGAAGCGUCCAACAUUUCACACAUUAGCACCAGGAAAGACCAAAUACGCAAACUUAUUGUGCUCUUUGCCAAACGAGGUCGUGGUAAUUUCGUCAAGUUCUUGGAAGUAAUUGGUAGGAAACAUCAAUAUCCUCAUAUUGCUCAAGAACUUCAAAGAAUCUAUGACUUGAAAGCGUCAGAAGGUAGAAGCUCUGAGUGCUUACUUUGUGUCAUCAAGCGUGAUGUUGACAUUCGGGACGUUGUAGAUCAUUUAUGUCGCCAUCAAAUUAUUGACAUAGAAUUUCUGGACCUGGUGGUUUCAGGACAAUCUGGGAAUCAAAAUAGUCUGUGGGAAAUAGUUUUCUCGAACAUAGAUAAAUCAUCCGAUAGAAAACGAAACAUUCAACACCUGCAAGAAGCACUCUCCAUCAAGUAUGAUGGUUUGGCAUCAAAACUAGGUUAUUCUACCCCGUCUCAUCUAGGUAACCAUGUUUGUUCCAUGCCGAUAAUGAACACAUCUAUAAGAAAACUGGAAUGUUUUGCAGCAUCCGGGAGGAGUGUAGGUUCCAUCGAGAGUAGCAUUGGUGAUAUAAGCACGACCUCAGAGGUUCCAAGGAAAGGUUUACCUGAACAGACUAAUGAUGAAAUGAAUGCCAAUAUUCCAUACUGUAUAGCUUGGUUAUAUAGCACAGAUUGCAAAUUGUCCAACAGAUCGUCGAUUUCAAGUUUGGAUAGCGACUUCCACCCACCUCUCGUUUCCCCUGAACACAAAGACGAAAGUCAAGUAGGCGUCUCCACAGUACCAUGAGCAUUAAGAUUCCAAAAUACAAACAGAAACAAUCCAGAAUGCUAGAAUUAUUCUUGACGCAGUACCUGAUGAGCCAUCAAAACCCUUGUUUGUAAAGUUAGGAUGGUGAAAUGUGUAUUUUAUUGUACAAAACUUCUUAUGUUAUGAACUCUAAAUAUCUACAGGAUCUUUUUGUUUUUCAAACUCAUGAUUCCUAUUCCCUGCGUUCCGAAUUAAAUUAUAAUCUUUGUUUACCAAAACAUCGAACAAUCUUAUUCAAAAACGCUCUUCAAUACUCAGGCGUUUAUGUAUGGAAUGAGCUACCAUUAAAUAUAAAAUUAA